CUUAUGGAAACAUUGCAUAAACAACUAGAUGUAAUUAGUUUCUUUUAGAAAAUAGGUCUCAGUCUUUUCAUACAAGCCAGACUUCUCUGAUAAAUCAAAAAUUAUGUACAAUAUAUCGAUUACUUUUGAAAACCAGUCCUGGAUAAUUACUAAAAGGUUGUUGUCUUUAUUGACUAAUUUAGAUAUUCCGAGUUUGAUGAUCUUUAAAAAUAAUUAAAGGUCUGUUUUAAAAAUUAGCUUCCAGAAUUACCCAAAAAAACAUACACAUCCUUCUUGUUCUCAAAAACACAUGACGAUAUUGAGUAAAGAAGAAUUGGACUCGACAAAUUCAUGAAGGUUUGUAAUCCUAUCUAUCAUUAGUUGUUAACCUCAAAAUAGGAGAUUCUUUCCUCGAAUCAACUGAAAGAAUUCCUAAAAUUAGAAGAACAUGCCAAAACCUUGGUUGUAAAUUAACCACAAAUUGUACACGAAUUUUGUGGUUUCUUACAUGGAGUCAGAGACUUCAACCUUUGUAUUGGAUAGGGAAUAUUGUUUGUUGUGAAUUCAGAUUAUUCCAUAUUCAAUCGUCUUGAUGCCUAUCUGACAAAUAUGAAGGGACCUUGGGAAAAGGAAGAUGGGUAGCAGGCAGUAAUGCCAGUGGGAUGCAUAGAGUGUUGGAUUCAAUAAUAGGAUGGACUCUAUACACGUUAAUGGGCGAAGAUGUAUAAUUCGUAGGCAAUCUGUUGUUUUUGGGAUCCAUCCUCCUUCGUCCUGUUAGUAGGGUAAUUCUAUCAAUUAAAACCCAUUUAGCCUUGAUAGUGGUUCGAUAAAUUAUCUUGAAGUACCAUAUAGUUAGGGUUUCAAGAAAUGUGAAACUGACGCAGAGAUUCAGCAGCACUCCAGCAAGGUGACAGGACUAUACUAUGACAAUGAAAGAUGCUUAAUCCAUUCCGUAUCCAAAGAUAAAAGAUAUAAAAUAAGAAAUGCCGUUAAAUCAAUACUCAUCUAUGGUACUGUACCCUAGUUAUAUGUAGACAAUGAAAUAAGUCCAUACGAAUUAACUGAUUUGGUGGUCAGCAAGUCUCGCAGAAAGUCAUUCAUUUCUGACAAGAACGGAUUCAUUUAUAUGUUUGAUAUUAAUGAAGUACUAAAAACUUAAACCUUAGGAUAAAGUAGCUUAGUUGAAUUUCAUAAAUACUAACAUAAGACUACUAAGAUCUUUGAAACUAGAUUCAAGUCAAAAUCUUUUGAUGGCCGUUGGUCAAGAGACUGGAGAGAUUGUAAUGGUGGACAUAGGAACAAUUAAAUGUGAAAAACAGCUCAGAUGGAUAGGUCAAAUAAACACCAAGGUAAAAGGAUAUAAAUUUUGUUGGUCCUAAAAACGUAAGGAGCUCUUUGUUGGCACUAGCGACGGUACAGUUUAGUUUUGGGAUUAUGAUACAAAAUAAUUAAUAUUUGUAAUGAAAGCACAUGAUUCAGAGAUCACAUAAAUGUAAUGGAUCGAAGAGGAUCAGCAUUUAUUGACUUCAAGUAGAGAUAAGGAAAUCAAAACAUGGUUAUUACCUUUACAUUGGAGGAAUCAAUAAGUAAAAUGAAAUUAAUUCUCAUUAACUUUAAU